CCGCGGUGCGGCGCCCAAGCUUCGCGUCGGCGUUUCCUGUGGAGGCAGCGGCGGCGGCGGCAGCGGCUCGCGGUAGUGUCGGACCCGCGUCGGAACCCGGAGCGGCGCGCGCCCCCGCGAGUCAUGGCGACCAAGGCCGUGUGCGUGCUGAAGGGCGACGGCCCGGUGAAGGGCACCAUCCACUUCGAACAGCAGGGGAAUGGGCCUGUGAAGGUGUCGGGGUCCAUUUCCGGGCUUACUGAAGGCCAGCACGGAUUCCACGUCCAUCAGUUCGGAGAUAACACACAAGGCUGUACCAGUGCAGGCCCUCACUUUAAUCCUUUCGCCAAAAAGCAUGGUGGGCCAAAGGACCAAGAGAGACAUGUUGGAGACCUGGGGAAUGUGACUGCAGGCAAAGAUGGUGUGGCCACUGUGUCUAUUCAGGACGCCAUGAUCACUCUCUGCGGAGAUCAUUCCAUCAUUGGCCGCACCAUGGUGGUCCAUGAAAAAGAAGAUGACUUGGGCAAAGGUGGAAAUGAAGAAAGUACAAAGACAGGAAACGCUGGAGGUCGCUUGGCUUGUGGUGUCAUCGGAAUCGCCCAGUAAACAUUCCCUAGGACAUGGUCUUGUGUCCUAGUAACUGUUAUCCUGCUAACUGUAGAAAUUCCACUCAGUAACAUUAAACACUGUAACUUUAAAAAAGUAUAA